GCUGCAGGCGCAUGGCACCCGCCGCCCCGUCGCCGCGGAGGCUGCCGGGAUGCGCCGCGCCGAAUGGUCGCGCUGGGCGCCGCUCUGAGUGACCUUUCACCCGCGCCCAGCGGCCCCGGGCGGCGACACAAGGCGGAAACCAUGGCGGCGGCGGCGGCGGCGGCUGCAGCGGCGGGCGGCGCGAGAGCGGGCGCGGGCUCCGGCUGUGCAGCGGAGCAGGAUCGGGACCCGGAUCGGGACCGGGACCGCGCGGGGCGGAGGCUGCGGGUCCUCUCGGGCCACCUUCUGGGUCGGCCGCGGGAGGCUGUGAGUAUCCGCGAGUGCCGGGCGCGGAGAGGCGCGGCGGCGGCGGCCCCCGCGGAGCCCACGGCUCCUCCCGCCGCGCAGGACUCGGGCUCCAUCCCCAAGAAGCGGCAAGAAGUAAUGAAAUGGAAUGGAUGGGGAUAUAAUGAUUCCAAGUUCUUCUUAAAUAAGAAAGGCCAAAUUGAGUUGACUGGGAAAAGGUACUCUCUUAGUGGCAUGGUUUUACCAACUUUUAAAGAUUGGAUCCAGAAUACCCUGGGAGUAAAUCUGGAGCAUAAAACUACCUCUAAAGCCUCUAUAAAUCCUAAUGACACACCUCCUUCUAUUGUAAAUGAAGAUUUUCUUCGUGACCUUAAAGAAACUAAUAUUUCAUAUUCACAAGAAGCAGAUGAUCGAGUAUUCAGAGCUCACGGUCAUUGUCUUCAUGAGAUAUUUUUGCUCAGGGAAGGAAUGUUUCAGCGAAUUCCUGACAUAGUUUUAUGGCCAACAUGUCAUGAUGAUGUAGUUACAAUUGUGAAUCUAGCGUGCAAAUAUAACCUUUGUAUCAUUCCAAUUGGUGGGGGAACCAGCGUUUCAUAUGGCCUGAUGUGUCCUGAGGAUGAGACAAGAACUAUUAUUUCUUUGGACACUUCACAAAUGAAUCGAAUCCUCUGGGUUGAUGAAAACAAUCUCACAGCUCAUGUGGAGGCUGGCAUAACAGGACAAGAAUUGGAAAGACAGCUUAAAGAAAGUGGUUAUUGUACAGGUCACGAACCAGAUUCCUUGGAAUUCAGCACCGUGGGAGGAUGGGUAUCAACUCGGGCAUCAGGCAUGAAGAAGAAUAUCUAUGGCAAUAUUGAAGACCUGGUGGUUCAUAUAAAAAUGGUAACACCUAGAGGUAUAAUAGAAAAAAGCUGUCAAGGACCUCGUAUGUCAACAGGCCCUGAUAUUCAUCACUUCAUCAUGGGAUCUGAAGGGACCCUUGGUGUAGUAACAGAAGCCACAAUAAAAAUCAGACCAGUCCCUGAAUACCAAAAAUAUGGCUCAGUAGCUUUUCCUAAUUUUGAACAAGGAGUUGCUUGUUUAAGGGAAAUUGCAAAACAGAGAUGUGCUCCUGCAUCUAUUCGCCUCAUGGACAACCAUCAGUUUCAGUUUGGUCAUGCUCUUAAACCUCAGGUUUCCUCUAUUUUUACAUCAUUUUUGGAUGGAUUAAAAAAGUUUUAUAUUACCAAGUUUAAAGGAUUUGAUCCAAAUCAGUUAAGUGUUGCUACGUUACUAUUUGAGGGGGACCGUGAGAAGGUUCUUCAACAUGAAAAACAAGUUUAUGACAUUGCUGCAAAAUUUGGUGGAUUGGCAGCUGGAGAAGACAAUGGACAGAGAGGUUAUUUACUGACCUAUGUCAUUGCAUACAUUCGAGACUUGGGAUUAGAAUAUUAUGUACUAGGAGAAUCUUUUGAGACUUCUGCUCCUUGGGACAGGGUUGUAGAUCUUUGUAGAAAUGUAAAAGAAAGAAUAACAAGAGAAUGCAAAGAGAAAGGUGUUCAGUUUGCCCCUCUAUCAACAUGCAGGGUGACACAGACUUAUGAUGCAGGUGCAUGUAUCUACUUCUACUUUGCCUUUAACUACAGGGGAAUAAGCGACCCGCUGUCUGUGUUUGAACAAACGGAGGCAGCUGCCAGAGAAGAAAUCCUUGCCAACGGAGGGAGCCUGUCGCAUCACCACGGAGUGGGCAAGUUAAGGAAGCAGUGGCUAAAGGAAAGUAUCUCUGAUGUCGGCUUUGGGAUGCUGAAGUCUGUCAAGGAAUAUGUGGACCCCAAUAACAUCUUUGGAAACAAAAACCUUUUAUAGAUCCAUUACUGUUGUAAAAAUAUCCCCCCCCUUUUUUUCUUUUUUUUCUUAAAAAAAAAAGCCUUCAGCUAUGGUUAUACCAGUAAUCAAAUAUAUCAUGGACUAUAUUCAGCCACGUUUGUUUGUUGGUUUUAAAAUCCGUUUGUUUCAGUCUGUAGUUUGUUUUGUUUCUACAUCUAUGGAUGGACAGAUGGUAUUCCUAAAUCUCUCUUACUGUAGGUGCAUCAGUUUACAGCCAACUGGUUGUCAUUUCAAAUCUUAGUCAGGCAGCACAUGGCUGCCGGUUGUUAUUUCAAAGAAAGAUGCUACCAGCUGUUUUGUAUUGAUGUUUUCUUAUGGGAACAAAGGCAGAUUUUGGUGUCAUCUAUUGCUUAUCUCUGUCCUCUUUUUUAAAAGAACAUUUCUGGGGAGUAGAUAUAUAAAGGAUUACACUGUGGAAUGAUUCACAUGUAUUCUUUUACGAGUGCAGUCUUGGGAGUAGGCCACUAAAGGAGGAUUCUCAGAGAAUAUAGGCACCUACUCUUUAGGACGCCUUCAGUUUAUAAGGUGCUUGGCCUGCAUUGUCCUUUGGAAAUAGUAUAUAGUUACAAAACCUCUUUAAUCAUCACUAUACAGAUUAUUUUGUUAGAGGACAUGGUUUUUGUUCUUCGUGUUUCUGUUUUUACUGAGGUAUGAGUUGUAUUUGUAUCACAGAUAAUCUAUUGUUGUAUCCUAGUCAUUCGUGUGUUUUAUAAAAAAAAAAAAAAAAGAAGUAGAAAAAAAAAAGCUGACUUCUCACUUAUUGAAUAUGAUUAACAGGUUUACCGUGAAGUGAAUGCCUUUACUCAACAUAGAAUCCCAAUGUUUGUAAUGCCACAUUCUUGUUGCUGAGAUUCAGAAGAAAAUGCAACAGGGACAGAGAUGGAAAAUUAUUUCAAGUUUCCAGUUCAAAGAAAUGUUUGGCUAAGAAAAAAAAGUCAUUACUUAGCUAUUGAAUUUGAAAACUUCAGUAGUUUCAUUGGCAAAAAUUGGGUGUUUUUUUGUUUGUUUUGUUAUUUUUGGUUAACCCAAACAACAUGAUAAUUUUUUUGUAGAAAAGUGAAGUUUUCAUUUAGUAUUUAAUAAAUUUUAAAAAUAUAUAAUGUAUUAGUACACAUACCAUAGUUCAAAGUUUGAAAUAUAUUUCUUAAACAAUAGGGAGGAUAUUAAUCACAUUUAGCAAACAUUUUUAAUUCAAACCUGGAUAUUUAGAGAAAGGAUUAUUUUGAAUCACUGUCAAGUUCAUGAUUUACAUUUUGAGAUGGAUUUUUUUCUUAAUACAAUGCCUAACUUUUGAUAAUUUUUUAAAAUUAAUAUUUGAUCUGAUAAUGUAAGUCAAAAUGCAGAUGAUCCUUUAAAAGGACACACUACCUGUGUAGCAACAUCUCCAAAGUAUUUGGGGGCAGUUUGAUAUCUUUUAUAUCUGAAGUAGCCUUAACCAGAAAAGUGAAAAUUUAAAAUUGACAAAAUGCUAUUUUUAAGACUUCAAGAUAAUUUUUAAUUAAUAAAAUUGGCCUCUAACUAAUAAAUUUAAAUUGGUAAGCAGAUCAAAAUUAAAUGUUAGUUUAACGACAGAAACUAAGAGAUUAUUUAUUAGAAGCUUUCUCUCCUUAUUCAUGUUUUGUUUCUUUUUUAACUAGUAAGAUUUCCAGCAUAUCUUUGCUUCAAAGCCUUUGGUGUUUGAAAAAGUGUUGGAUACUUGAUAAGGAAAUUACAUUUGUCUCUAGAAUUAUUAAAAUCUCAGCUUUAUAAAAUGCAUCUAUUCAUAAAGGUAAUUAAUUGGUGAUCAAAUGUAAAAUUUAAUAUGGUACUACUAAUAUCUCACUUGAGUGUAUACAUAUUUGAGGUUUUUUUUUUAAUAAAAACAGAUUCAUACACAGA